AUGAUCAAUGAGCUAAACAGGAAAAUUGGGAAUGAGUCCGGGCUCGAGAUCGGGGGAACCCUGACCCCUUUCAGCCACUCCCUGGAAUCCAUUCCCCGACAAAAGGGCAUGAAACACUACAACUUUGAAUCCUUCAAUGGACUAGGUGACCCAGAGGAACACCUGCACUAUUUUGAACAGAUAGCCCUGAUCUACUACUACAAUGAUCUGACCAAAUGCCGCUUCUUUGCGUCCACUUUCAAGGGAGGGGCCCAGAGAUGGUUCAGCCGGAUCCCCUCCCGGAGCAUCGGGUCCUGGAAAGACUUCAGGGAAGCCUUCCUCAGAAGGUUCCGAGCAAACAAGACACAUGAACUUCAUAUGUGUCACCUGGAAAUGGUUCGCCAAUAUGACAACGAGGCGCUUUCAGACUACAUGAAACGUUUCCAGGAAGCAAUCAACAAAAUUUCUAACCUAGAUGAGCGUGAGGCUCUGAGCAUAUUCCGAAGAAACUUGGACCCGGAACAAAAUGAAAGAUAUGUGGUCGAGUUGAUCAACAAAGAACCCCAGAGCCUGGCAGCUGCCUAUGCCAUGGCCGCAAAAUUCAUUAAGGAAACCGACGUACUCCAAGCAAUGAGGAUGACCAGACAAGGUAACUCGAAAGGAAAACAGGUCGAAGACAGACCCAGAAAAGAAUAUCACCAGGAUAAGAAAUUCAAACCAGACAGACAAACCAACUUCAUCCAGCAUUCAGGUUCCAGGAGGACCAGCCAACCAGGACCCGGGUCUAGAAGUGAUCCUGGUCCGAACAGACCAGUAAGAGAACCGAAACCAGAGCCCGAAUGGACUCCUCUCAACCGAUCCAGGGAAGACAUACUUAAAGAGGUCCGGGACAAACCUUUCUAUUAUGCUCCAAAACCCAUGCAGACUCCUCCAGAGAGCAGACCCACCAACCGCCAUUGUGACUACCAUGGCACCCACGGUCACAAAACGGAAAACUGCAUAUCCCUCAAGUAUUUCAUUGAGGAGCAAAUUAGCAAAGGCAACAUGGGGCAAUACAUAGCCCGGAACACAGCAAACAAGGGAGAAGGUUCGGGGAAACAAAAGAGCAUAGUCAAUGUAGUCUUGGGAGGAUCCUGUUCUCCCCCUCCCAGCCCGGACUCAUGUCAAGAAGUAAUGUCCAGACAGACCUUCCCCGAGCAAGUCAUUUCCUUCAGCAGCAAGGACUUCGAGGGAGUCACCCGGGGUCACAAUCAGGCCCUGGUGGUAACUUGGAUAUAG